AUGUCGGCGACAUCGAUACGCAUUCUGCAGACGCCUAUGUUCCGACACCCUCUUACCUAUCGGAGCGACUUUCAUCCGCGCAGUUCCAAUGCUCGGGUCACCGUUGGUUACAACGCCGUUUCGGAUCGUUCUCGGGACGCGCCAAUCAAGAGCCAAUCAGUCUUUUUUUCUGGAAGGCGGGUGUCGCCUCUUAAACUCAGCUUACGGCGGAAGCGGCGCACUACUGUGUCCGACACGAACGUCCUGAGGCGCGAAAUGUCUGCAUACGGAAGACUACAUGCUGCGACCUUCCGACGACGCUGUGACCGCUCGGCCAUGCGAGCAGGCUUCUUAUGUCUACAGUUGGUGGACAUCACUCCCGUGUCCCAGUCCCCAUUGCGGGACGCGUCCGGCGGUGUAUGCGACGCUACUACCGGAUCCCGACUGUGGGUUCGCGCGCAUAAUGGAAGUGUAGGACCUAACGCCAUUGUCGUCAUCCCGAGAGCUCAGAGGACAGGUCUAGUCCGUCGCAUCCCAAGGCCAGAAGUCUCCUCCGCAGGAGCCCUGGACUCUACUCCAGACGAAGGCCGGCACUAG